AUGGCAGCGGCAGCAGGAGGGGGGCUGAGAUGGCUGCGUGUGUUGGUAUGCUUCUGUGGGUGGAUGGCAGUGGUGCAGAGUGAUGAGUGGAAGGAGUCCGUGGAUGGGACUCGUCAGGACUUUGAGGCUUUUCUCCGUGCGUAUAAUCGGAGUUAUCCGGAGCCGACGGCGUAUGCGCGCCACUUGGCUUGCUUUCGCGCCAAUCUGGCGGCGGCGGCUGGAAUGUCGGCCACAGCAGCCAGCCGGGUAGCAGGACACACAGCCAGAUUUGGCCUCAACAAGUUUGCCGAUCGCUGUGUGGCAUCAGAGCGCAAACGGCGUGCGCAGUUUUUCAUGACGGACCUGAACGCGGCAGCCAGAAACGAUCGUCUUUUGGGAUCAAAUCAAGCCUCGUGCUUGGUAGCACCGCUCAACUGCAGCAUGGCAGCCGCUGCAACGGCAACGCUCCCUACCACUGUUGACAUGCGAGAUAUGGUGACGGUCAUUAACAAUCAAGGCGAGUGCGGCGGUUGUUGGGCAUUUGCAACCGCGGAAACGGUGGAGAUUAUGUUCCGUCUGGCAGGAAACGCGCCCAUUGGUGCCGGGCCCUUGAGCAUCCAACAAAUUCUUUCUUGCACCGGCUCCACAGAGAAUGGGUGUCGCGGUGGCUACGUUGAUGCAGCCAUGCAGUUUGUCUAUGACCUCAGCGUGUCCAACGCAACUCAAGGUUUGGAGGCGGCCAACUACUCCCAAUUUGCCUGUGCCACGGAUGGCUGCGCGGGCGGGCUGCCUGCCUGUCCCUCCCUGCACCCGCCCUUUGCUCAAAUCAACUCGAGCUGCACUUGCAAUGAUUGGACCGAGGCACAGAUGCAGACCUUUAUUGCCCAGCACGGACCACUGGCCAUCAAGGUCAACGCUGAUCCAUGGAACGGCUACCAAUCGGGCAUUAUCCGCUGGCAUUGUGCUAGUUCUGGCAGCGCGGGAGAUCACGCAGUGCAAAUAGUGGGUUAUGGUACAGAACUUGUCGAUGGAAAUCCCAUCGACUAUUGGAUCAUUCGCAACUCGUGGGGAGCAGAUUGGGGCGAGAAUGGUUACGUCCGAAUUGCACGAGGUGGAAAUGUGUGUGGUAAGGCCAAACGCAAUGCAUCGGGCUUCACACCUAUUGGCCAAAUAGAAGAUUAA